AACAUGGGAGGCACUGAAGUUACUACAUCAGAACUCCUGCUGAGGUAUGAGGAGGAUACGUCUAAUAACUCAAUUGCUGUAAACCUAUGAUUAUUUUUCUGCUUAAACAUCUCUUCAGCCUCAGAUUGAUUACAAUGUUCUUUCUACUUCAUUUCAUCGUUCUGAUCAAUGUCAAAGAUUUUGCACUGACUCAAGCUAGCAUGAUCACUCCUUCAUGCCAAAAAGGAUAUUUUCCCUGUGGGAAUCUUACCAAGUGCUUGCCCCGAGCUUUCCACUGUGAUGGCGAGGAUGACUGUGGGAACGGGGCAGACGAAGAGAACUGUGGUGACACUAGUGGAUGGGCGACCAUAUUUGGCACAGUCCAUGGAAAUGCUAACAGCGUGGCCUUAACACAGAAGUGCUUUCUAAAACAGUAUCCACAAUGCUGUGACUGCAAAGAAACUGAAUUGGAAUGUGUAAAUGGUGACUUAAAGUCUGUGCCGAUGAUUUCUAACAAUGUGACAUUACUGUCUCUUAAGAAAAACAAAAUCCACAGUCUUCCAGAUAAAGUUUUCAUCAAAUACACAAAACUUAAAAAGAUAUUUCUUCAGCGUAAUUGCAUUAGACACAUAUCCAGGAAAGCAUUUUUUGGAUUAUAUAAUCUACAAAUAUUAUAUCUCAACCACAACCGCAUCACAACUCUCAGACCUGGAAUAUUCAAAGACUUACAUCAGCUAACUUGGCUAAUUCUAGAUGACAAUCCAAUAACCAGAAUUUCACAGCGUUUGUUUACGGGAUUAAAUUCCUUGUUUUUCCUGUCUAUGGUUAAUAACUACUUAGAAGCUCUUCCCAAGCAGAUGUGUGCCCAAAUGCCUCAACUCAACUGGGUGGAUUUGGAAGGCAAUCGAAUAAAGUAUCUCACAAAUUCUACGUUUCUGUCGUGCAAUUCGCUCACAGUGCUGUUUCUGCCUAGAAAUCAAAUUGGUUUUGUUCCAGAGAAGACAUUUUCUUCAUUAAAAAAUUUAGGAGAACUGGAUCUGUCUGGCAAUAUGAUAAUGGAGCUAUCACCUCACCUUUUUAAAGACUUGAAGCUUCUACAAAAACUGAACCUGUCAUCCAAUCCUCUUAUGUAUCUUCACAAGAACCAGUUUGAAAGUCUUAAACAACUUCAGUCUCUAGACCUGGAAAGGAUAGAGAUUCCAAAUAUAAACACACGAAUGUUUCAACCCAUGAAGAAUCUUUCUCACAUUUAUUUCAAAAACUUUCGAUACUGCUCCUAUGCUCCCCAUGUCCGAAUAUGUAUGCCCUUGACGGACGGCAUUUCUUCAUUUGAGGACCUCUUGGCUAACAAUAUCCUCAGAAUAUUUGUCUGGGUUAUAGCUUUCAUUACCUGCUUUGGAAAUCUUUUUGUCAUUGGCAUGAGAUCUUUCAUUAAAGCUGAAAAUACAACUCACGCUAUGUCCAUCAAAAUCCUUUGUUGUGCUGACUGCCUGAUGGGUGUUUACUUGUUCUUUGUUGGCUUUUUUGAUCUAAAAUACCGAGGGCAGUAUCAGAAGUAUGCCUUGCUGUGGAUGGAGAGCGUGCAGUGCCGCCUCAUGGGGUUCCUGGCCAUGCUGUCCACCGAAGUCUCUGUCCUGCUACUGACCUACUUGACUUUGGAGAAGUUCCUGGUCAUUGUCUUCCCCUUCAAUAACAUUCGGCCUGGAAAACGGCAGACCUCAGUCAUCCUCAUUUGCAUCUGGAUGGCAGGAUUUUUAAUAGCUGUAAUUCCAUUUUGGAAUGAGGAGUAUUUUGGAAACUUUUAUGGGAAAAAUGGAGUAUGUUUCCCACUUUAUUAUGACCAAACAGAAGAUGUUGGAAGUAAAGGGUAUUCUCUUGGAAUUUUUCUAGGUGUGAACUUGCUGGCUUUUCUCAUCAUUGUGUUUUCCUAUAUUACUAUGUUCUGUUCCAUUCAAAAAACCGCCUUGCAGACCACAGAAGUAAGGAAUCAUUUUGGAAGAGAGGUGGCUGUUGCAAAUCGUUUCUUUUUUAUAGUGUUCUCUGAUGCCAUCUGCUGGAUUCCUGUAUUUGUAAUUAAAAUCCUUUCCCUCUUCCGGGUGGAAAUACCAGACACAAUGACUUCCUGGAUAGUGAUUUUUUUCCUUCCAGUUAACAGUGCUUUGAAUCCGAUCCUCUAUACUCUCACAACCAGCUUUUUUAAGGACAAGUUGAAACAGCUGCUGCACAAACAUCGGAGGAAAUCAAUAUUCAAAAUUAAAAGAAAAAGUUUAUCUACAUCCAUUGUGUGGAUAGAUGACUCCUCUUCCCUGAAACUUGGGGUUUUGAACAAAAUAACACUUGGAGACAGUAUAAUGAAACCAGUUUCCUAG